UCUAGAGCAAAAGCAGAAAACAUCCUUCCCCGGUGUGUGUUUCCCCCAGAAACAUGACCAUAGCUGGAACUCCCGGAGGACCCGAAUCUCCGCUGCUGGAAGACAUCGUCGAUGGCUACACCGAUCACAAAGGCCGUCCAGCCAGGAGAUCCACCUCAGGCUGUUGGAGAUCUGCGUACUUCAUCAUAGCUUCUUCGUACAGACCUCGGCUUUAUAUGGAAGCAGGUGUUGAAGUUGCAGAGAGGUUUGCAUACUCUGGCAUACAAGCCAAUCUUAUAAACUAUCUUACGGGUCGAUUAGGGCUGUCCAUGGCCACUGCUGCCGAGAAUGUGAAUACAUGGUCAGGGACAGGGGGUUUACUGCCCUUAGUAGGAGCAUUCGUUGCAGAUUCUUAUCUUGGCCGAUAUCGAACCAUCAUUAUUGCUUCUUUUCUUUACAUCCUGGGACUAGGGUUGUUAACACUGUCUGCUGUGCUUCCGUCUCCCAGCCCUUCUGACUGCCAAAAAAGCAACCAAAUCACAUCAUGUUCUCCUCCUCAGCUCCAAAUAAUCCUCUUCUUUUUCUCAUUGUAUUUAGUGGCAGUAGGGCAAGGUGGGCACAAGCCUUGCAACCAGGCAUUUGGAGCCGACCAAUUUGAUGGACGAAAUCCAGAGGAAUGCAAAGCCAAAAGCUCAUUUUUCAACUGGUGGUAUUUUGGUCUUUGCUUUGGUACUGUAAUAAAUUACUCUGUCUUGAGCUACAUUCAAGAGAACUUGAAUUGGGGUCUUGGAUUUGGAAUUCCAUGCGUUGUCAUGAUAGCGGCACUGCUCCUUUUCUUGCUUGGGACUAGGACUUAUCGAUAUAGUGUCAAAACGGAUGAGAAAAGCCCAUUUGUGAGAAUUGGUAAGGUGUUUAUUGCAGCAGCUAAGAAUUGGCGAACAAUGCCUUCAUUGGUAGCUACAGAAGAGUUAGCUAGAGAAGCCCCACAUCACCAGGUUUCUCAACAAUUCAAGUGCUUGAACAAGGCGUUGCUUGCACCAGAUGGUUCCAAAGGAAAUGGAAGGCAGUGUACCAUUGAUAAUGUUGAAGAAGCAAAGGCAGUUUUAAGACUGUUUCCCAUAUGGACUACUUGUCUGGUGUAUGCUAUUGCGUUUGCACAGUCAUCUACUUUCUUUACCAAGCAAGGAAUCACCAUGGACAGAUCGAUUGGAUGGGGGAUUGACAUACCAGCUUCUUCACUUCAAGGCUUUAUCGGCCUCUCCAUUGUCCUCAUUGUCCCCAUAUAUGACCGCAUCUUGGUUCCUAUUGCAAGAACCUUAACUAGGAAGCCAUCUGGCAUAACAAUGCUUCAGAGGAUCGGAACAGGCAUGUUUCUGUCCGCCAUUUCCAUGGUAGUUGCAGCGCUAGUUGAGAUGAAACGGCUAAAAACAGCUCAAGAACAUGGGCUGGUUGAUAUGCCAAACGUGACUCUUCCAAUGAGUGUAUGGUGGUUGCUUCCCCAAUACAUCUUGUUUGGAGUUUCUGAUGUGGUCACCAUAGUUGGUCUUCAAGAGUUUUUCUAUGAUCAAGUCCCAACCGAAUUAAGGAGUGUCGGUAUCGCCCUCUACCUCAGUAUCUUAGGUGUAGGGAACUUCCUGAGCAGCUUUCUUAUCUCUGCAAUUGAAAAAGCAACUGGUGGAGAUGGCCAACAUAGCUGGUUCAACGAUAAUCUCAAUCGGGCACAUCUCGAUAACUAUUAUUGGGUUCUUGCAGGGCUGAGUGCAGUAGGAUUGAGUUUAUACCUGUAUUUUGCAAAGUCUUACAUAUACAAUAGGGGAAGUACAUUAUGAAUGUUAUUGCCUCAAUUGUUGUAAAUCACUCACACUUCACCAACAUGGCCCUUCUCAAUUUUAGACACAAACUCAUAGUUGGUAUGUCAACACCACUCCUAGAGGACCUUUUAGCUUAGAGAGAAUGCGCAAAUUAUGUAGUAAGCAUAAUGCUUUUGAAGCUCUAGAAAGGCAUAUGUGAUAGGUUAUGUAGUUACCAAAAUCAAGUAGUUUUAAAAUGUUGGGUCGGAUAACCCUCUUAGUUGUUGUGGGUCAACAAUGCUCGAGCACAUACUUGUUUUGAGUUCCUA